AUGCUAUCGUCAUCACCCAUCGGCGCAAAGUCGAUCGUCUUCCUACUUGGUUUACUGUAUCUACACGUCCACAGCUCCAACGCCGUCAUUUCCACAUCGGCGGGCUUUCCUCAAGACGUCUUCGCUAAGCCGGCUUUUCAGAUUAGUUUCGGUCACAUUGGUGAUACCGCUUCUGCACUGCCCAUCAGACACAGCGAUGCAAUCAAGAUCUUGGAGCAGCAGGAGUCCUCUUCUUCUUUGUUGCCAUCGUCGUCGUCGCCGAGCUCAUCGCAGGUGAAGCCUCCGCAGUCGACCGACAUCUCGUCUCUAGCUGUAGCAGAUCGAACCAGUCCUCGAGCUACUGGCUCGAAUGACGAUGCUCCCAGGACGCUCUUCUGGUCGCUGCAGAGGAGCUCGCCGGACCAAUUUCAACUGUGCUCGGUCCCGGACUUUACCUCUACACCAGCUGCUCGACAUGCUUCGAGCCAGCGCGCAUCGUCCAUUGCUACCUCGUUGCGGUCACGACAGGAAUUGAUCAGGUCUGCGCAGGCGCUGCUCAAUCCACUGAAGAAGGUAUGUCUCUACCACACCACCGAUUGGUUUACCUACAGCUUCUGCCAUGGUCGCGAAAUUCGUCAAUUUCGGCGAUUGGGUCCGCAGACGGCUGCACACAAGGCGUUCAAAGCCGCAGGCGGAGGCGAGGCGGGUAAAAAGGCAGCUAUCGAAGCAGCAGAAAAGCUGAAUCGGCUGCAGCAUCCGGUCGAUGACCCUGAUUAUCCUGCCUACAUCUUGGGUCGAUGGACUCGCCAGAACGAAGUCAUUGUCGGUGACGAUCAAAGCCGUCCAUCACGCCAGCAGCAGCCUCUCGACACCGACACCGCUCAAGACGAUGCAACAACGGGCGUGGCAGUAUCCUCGAAUCGUGGUAUGCCGUCAGUCAUCAACUCAGCUGGCCUGGACUUGGUGGAAGAGGUCCAAUUUGGCGACUGGGACGAGGAAGAGCUAUUUGCCGCCGAAACAAAGGCGUUGGCACAUUUCAAAGAUUCAUCCAACAACCAUGCUAUCGAAGCAACACGCACUUCUGCUAGCGCAAGUGGACACGAGUCGCAACGGCAUCGUUUUCUGACGCAGCGGUGGACGAAUGGUACCAUGUGCGACAUAAACCGCCAACCGCGAAGCGUCGAGGUGCAGUUUCACUGUUCAAACCGCAAGCCUUUGGAGGAUCGCAUCGUCAUGUUCAAAGAGACUACUAUCUGCAACUAUGUCCUCAUCAUUGAGACGCCGCGUCUCUGCGCUGAUCCAGCAUUUGGCAGUGAGAAGGAGGAGGUCCCGCUGCCCAUUCUCUGCCACCAGGUGGUGCAGGACAGCUAUUCCGGCCCGACGGCGGGGGAUCCCGAUAAAGUGGCGCGACCUCCAAUGUCGGAGGUCCAAGGCGGUGUCGCCUCGUUCGCAUCCAACAAGGCAGCCAGCGAUGCUUCGACGAACCGGAACGAGGCAACAGCCAGCAAUGCAGAGAGAGCAGAACAGCCAGCUACAACCUCGCAUACGUAUGGCGACCCAUCGCGAUUUGGCUCGGUACACGAUGACUACUACGAUGAGGCAGUUGGCGGGCCUGGAGCCAUGUAUCAGCAAUUUCAUCACGAUCAUCAUCACGAUCAUCAUCACGAUCACGAUCUUCUUCCCCACCAUGAUCACUUGUACGACUCCCAUCAACUGCUUCACGACCACGGAGACGACGACGCCGACAUUGUGGUGGAAAUUGGCCUGGACGAAGAAGGCAAAUUGGUGGUCGAACAGGUGAGCAACCAGCCUGCGGAGGCGAGCAAGGAAGUAAGACGGCGUGAGAGCGGCAAAAAGCGCAACGCAGACGAUGAGCCGGAUAUCCACAGCGAGCAGCCAAUGGAAAUUCAGCUGGACAUUGUUGAUCUUCUCUCAGCCUUGCGUGGCGACGACGUGGAGGGACUGGAAAAGAAGCUGGCGGAUAAGAUCUCAGAAAUGCUCAACAAGCAAAUGCAACAACAGCACGACACCUCUUCGCUCUCCGCUGAGCCCGAGGGCGACGAGGAAGAAGUCAGCACUGAAAGCAACACGAAAGGCAAAGCUAGCAGUGCAAGCGGGCAGAUGCCGGACGACUUGGCAAGGCUUUAUGAGCGGUUGAUGUCGGCUGUCACCAGCGAUAGUGUAGCAGCGCGGAGGAAGCAGGCCAGCAAGGCAAAGGGGCAGCAGCAACCACCAUUGUCAGCACUACGUAUGGAAAAAGUCGGUGACAGUCUGUCCGAACGUGUCAAGCGGUUUUACGACGCUAGAGAGAGGCAAGGAAGCGAUGACAAGGCCAAGAGGGAACGAGACGAUGCUCCUCAAGCACCGGCUCUGAAGGCGCAUCGUGAGCUGUGA